AUGUUCCCUACACGCGCUCUUUUCGGUCGCUCGGUCUGGAAAGGCCCCAACAUCGUUCCCCUUGCUCUCCCACGCACUCUGCCCCCUCCACCGAACACACCCCCAAUCCGCACCACGAAGCGCGCAGCAACCAUCCUCCCGAACUUCGUCGGCCUCCGCUUCGCCGUGCAUAACGGCAAGACAUACGUCGAGGUCCAAAUAACCGAGGAGAUGGUCGGACGCAAGCUCGGCGAAUACGUUGCAACCCGCAAGCGUUUCACAUACAAGCAGUCUAAGAACAAAUAG